CGAGACUAUAAUUUAUCAUGGAAGAUCGAAAUUGAUCACUUUUAUUAAGAAAGCUGUUAUUAUUCGUUUAUAUAUUUUAUUUUAAUGGUUUUAGCUGUUCCAUAUGUAUAAAAUGUGAAAAGACUAAAUGAAACUGCCUUUUCUUCCGAUUUAUUAAAGCAGAUUUUGACAGACAAUGAAAAUCAUCAGUUCUGCAGUUUUGUUUUGGUUGUCACUUUUGGUGAAAUCAGAUGGUCAGCUGACUUGUAAAGAUUUUGAAGGAAAAGCCAUCCAACAUGGAGAAGAAUUCAUGCCAGACCCCAAUGAUCGAUGUAAGACCUGUACCUGCGAUCAGGGGUUUCCUACCAUGUGUAGACUGGUAUCCUGUUCACCUCCAUCUUGUCCAAACUGGCAGCAGGUUAAAACAGAAUGCUGUAAAUUCACCUGUCUAGAGACACCUCCAACAGACUUACCUGCUGACAAUAGUACAGACAACACAGUUACAUCAGCCGAUAGUUUGACUACACUAGGAUUAAGACUUGUAGCCAGUACAGUGACAUCGUUCCUGGUUUUAGCCUUAUUACUUUUUGCUGUACAUCAGCUGAGGAGGAAGAGAUUGAUAUUAGCCAUGAGAAGAUACAGCGAUAACAGGAGGAGACAUGAUACAGACAUGUAUACACCAGAUUAUUUUGGCAUGGCGUGUCCACCGUAUGAAGAACCACCACCACCAUACUCCCCCCCGAAACCACCCGAUGACACACAUCCAGAUGAUGCCCCACCCCCUUAUGAGAGCGUGGAUUCUAAUCACAAUGUCAGCUCUCGUGUUUUUCCCACGCCGUCUGUUAUUCGUACUACUAGUCCUCGGGGAGAAAGGAAUCGCUCAGAACACUCUGUGUUCCAUACUGCUAGUCCAGUGAGAAACAACAGUUGUAAUAGGUCAGAAAACAGUGAUGUAAAUAGCCAAUCAUCAGCCAGAACUCAGCUAUCAAACAUGCACUGUCGAUCAUCACCUGACACACUGCCUACAUGGAAUAGUUUCACACAUCCAAGGGGAGAUAAUCUACCUUCCAAUAAUAGGCAUUUAGAAAGGUGUAUAUCUGACUCGGACUUUGAAUCAGACCGAGGAUCUACAGACUUUGGUCUGACCUCAGAUUCUGAAGCUCAUUAUAGUAGGUGUGGUCCACGGGAAAACAUAGAUUUACGUCAUGUACGAUUGUCUAAAUUGCUAAGUCCUAACGGAUCUGUUCCAAAAGAAAAUGGUACUUUUUCAGAUCUUCCUGGUCGUGGCACAGUUUCUGGCAAUCUUGAGAGUGACGCGCAGUAUCCAGACCACAACUUAAGUCAUACACAAUGUAAUAAUUUACCUUCUGUACAUAAUGAAGUUCCCAAGAAAGGGAUUUCAGGAUCUGUUGAUAUGGUAAUAAGUAAUAAAGAAAAUGAGAGUCCGCCGUGGAGUCAUUCGUUAGCCGAUAGUAAUGAUGAAACAGAUGGACAACACUGUAGUGUUGUAUAAAUUUAUGAACCUUUUAUGAUUAUGACAUAUUUUGAAAUAUGGUUUUAACAAUAUUAAUGUGUGAACAUUUGUAUUUACAUGUGAUGAGAUAAUUGUGAUAAAAGUAGGUAGGCAUUGUAAGUGUUUACAUGGAUGGUUGCAAUUUCAUUUUUUUUAAUAGGCUACUGGGUCAGCAUAUCACUUUUAAUUCAUUUACUUUGGUGAGAUAUAUAAUAAACUUCUUGAUUUCACAUUUUAAAAUCAAUCAUGACAGAAUCCUGUUUAUUUGUCAGAUAUGGCACACUGGCUUAGAUAUUUAGCAUGUUCAAUGAAAUAGAUACAACCCAAAUCAUUGAUUUUGAGUCGUCUCCUCUUUGCUCUUACUCUUAAAAACUGUGUACUUAGAGGAGAGGCAAAACCUAACACUUUUAAUGUAUAUACAUGUAUUUUGUUUUACCAUACUUGUCAAGAAAAUCAUUUUGUUGAAAUGAACAAAAGUACUUGGUGUAUAUGUAUAAUAACCCCUGAACUCCGUCUGUUCAAAAGACCUUGGGUAGAAAAAUAUUUCUUGGCUUCUAAAGAUGGGAAUGAUUUAAUAUUUAGUCUGCAGCUUGAUAUUGUUGAUUUGUAACCUAUAUUCAGAAUUUUUAGAUCUGUCAUGCGGCUUCUUCCUGUUUUACGAUAGUUUGAAAUUAUUUAGGCAAAUUUUAGUAAAACUUUUCUUGGGUUCUAUUGAAGCGAAAAUUUUAUAUUUGGUCUGGAGCCUGAUAAUGUUGAUUUGUAGUGUGUAUCAAUUUUAAUGUCUGCAUGUCAGCCACUUCCUGUUUGCAGAUAGUUUGAAAUAUUAAACACUCAUUGUACAAGGAAAAUUUUCCCUCCCUUAACGUUACAUCAGUGAAAGGACUUUAUUCAAGUCCAAAUGAACAUACAUGUAGUUUUGGAAAUCAUCUUCAUUAGUUAUUCUUCAACACGCAUGUUGCCUCAAUCAAUCUCAUGCAGCAACAAUGGUCCAGACCCAGUAUUGUCUUGUUUCACUAUAAGGGUCACACCACAAAGUUGAGAACUGAUAUGAAACAGUAGAAUUUUUUGCAUUCAUGAAAAUUUUUCCUGAAGUAAUGAAGUGUUUAAUGUCAUGGAGUAAUGAAGUGUUUAAUGUCAUGGCGUAAUGAAGUGUUUAAUGUCAUGUAAAACUUUCAAUGUCUUGUCAUGUCACUGGUCAUUUAUUUUUUGUUGAUAACUAUAUUUUUGACCAAAUUACUUUUUAUAUGAAUAAAAGGAGAUGUAGCACAUAUGUUGAUGAGACAACAACCUAACAACACAAAUUACAAAAAGACUUCUGUUUUGUACUGGUACUUAAUGUUUUUAACAUUGAUAUCCUUUUCUCAAUACUGUAAAUUCAGAAAUUAUUGCAUGCAUUUAUUAUUGCCAUUUUGUCAUUUUAGACUAAAAUGCGAUUUUAAUUUUUGCGUUAUUGAGAAAAAUUCUGUUUAAUUCAUAUAAAAUAUUUCAAAAUGCGAGUUUAAAUUAUUGCGAUUAUAACCAUGUCGCAUUUUUCGCAAUAAUAAAAACAUCGCAAUAAUUUCUGAAUUUACAGUAUUCUAUUGAAAAUGUCAGGGUUUCUCUAAAUCUUUUAAAUGUUCAUGUUUUUUCAGUAUUCAUUGGGACAUGUCAUGGCGUGUCUCAUCUUGAAGGAGUAACAUAGGCGAGAUUUAGGCAUGUAGUUUACAGCUGCCUUGUCAAUAUGUAGUAAAAGUUAAUAAUAAGGUCAGUUUUAAUGGCAUCACUAAUGAAUAGUCAAUGAUAUUUGGUAUGCAGUAGUUUUAGCAUUGACAUUUCUCAUUUUCAUUGAAAUUAUUUGACCUUAUUCCCUCAGUCAUGGUCUAUUGACUCUCAAACAUUUGCUUAGUUUAACUCUUAUAGUUUGUGAUUAGGUCAGUUUUAGAUGAACUAGUAAUAGAAAGUUUUUAUUUAGAAACCCAAUGAUAUUUGGUAUUCAGUGGCUCUUUUCACAAAAAAUCUUAAGAGUAAAAAUACUCGUAAGUCAUACACAUUUCUGUAUAACUUACGAUCAAUUUUUAUCGUAAGAUUUCUUGUGAAAAGAGUCGCUGUUGCAUUAACAUUGGCACAUCACAUUUUCAAGGAAAUUAUUUGACCCUCAGUUAAGGUUCGUUGACUUAAACUUUAGCACAUAGAAAUAAGAAGAUAUGGUAUGAGUGCCAAUGAGACAACUCUCCGUCCUAGUCACAAUGGGUAAAAAGUAAACAAUUAUAGGUCAAAGUUUACAGUUUACAUAUUAAAGUUUGUGAUGGGGUCAGUUUAAGGGGAACUACUUGUUACUAUCAAAAAGACAUAUGGAGACAUAUCUCUCUGUCAAGAGUUCAUUAAUUUGUAAGAUAUUCUAGUUUAGGAAAUAUAGAAAUAGAUUCCCCACAAAUGUUUCUACUUUUUAAUCUUUUACACCAGUGAAUAUUGACAUCAACAAGACGUUAAGUUUUUUUUAAUUGUUUUACAUUUUGUCACCCCAAACAUUUUAUAGCUAACUAGACGGUAUGGGUUUUGCUCAUUGUUAAAGGUUUUAUGAUGGGUGACCUGUAAUUAUUUACAUCUUUGUAUUUGGGUUGAUAGUUGCUUUACAUCUCCUCAGUUUUAUAUCAGAUGAUAAUAUUGCACUGUGAUAGAAUCUAUGUAAAUUAUUGUGUAAAUAUAAUGACACUGUGUAGUAACAAAGAUUUUACCCAACCUUGUAUGUGCCAUAUAUAAACUGUAUGAGGGUUUUACCGAACAAAUGUGACGUCACUUUAUAAAGCACGAGUUGUCAAUUUUAUUUGUUUCGUCAGUUGUUGUAUUAUGUGUUCAUUAUUUUGUCAGUAAAUUUAAAUUUUUUGUUUUAGCUUGAACACCAUGAAUACAUUUAUUUUGCUUUAAAUUGUACAACAGAAUGGUUAACUAUUCAUGCUUAUUAGUGUAAAAGGUUAGAAUAUAAAUAGAAAUUAUUAUUGUUAUUUUAUCAUAAGAAAUUUUAGUCAGCAAAAAAUCUUUCCGUGCCUACCAAGUAUUAAAAUUAUUUUGAAAUUAAACCAUUUUUGAAUAUCAGGAGUAACAAUACCAUAAACAUGAUAAAUUAGAAGUUUCAAACUAAGGAAUUGACGUUGGCAACUAUUCAAAUAUGGUUCUGUUAUUCCUCUUUUAAUGCAAUACUUGUAAAUAUAAAAAAUAAUACAUGUGAAAUAUCCCACAAACCUGAACAUUGUUGUCAAUGAUUCCUACCAUCACACGUCAAUGGUAGAAAUCAUCCAAUCAGAAAUGGUAGGACAUUGCGCAUAGAAAAAGAAUUUUCAUUAUGUUAUGAAACUUACAUCUGUAUAUGUUAAAAUUUAGAUUAAAUGAAUUAAAAUCAAAUCAUACAUGUAUUUAAAAUGUUGCCAUCGUUAAAUCCUAUAUUGAUGUUUGCAACUCUUUAAAUACAAUACUGUUAUUCCUAUUCUAAUACAAUAUUUGUAAAUAUUCGAAUAAAAUGUGAAAUAUUCUGAAAACCUCAACAUUUUUGUUGAUUACACAUUAUGAUGGUAGACAUCAUCCAAUCAGAAAUAGUAUUACACAUUUGUUACAUGUCACAUGUCAUAAGCAUUACCAUUGUGUUAUGAAACAUACAUCUUUGUAUGUUAAAAUUUGAUUUAAAUGAAUUGAAUGAAUUCAAAUUGUUUAUAUAAGGGAAACAAUAAAGUAAGGGUAUGUUGGUAAUGUUUAUGAUAUUAAAGUAAAACUAAGGUUAGAUAUGCACAUUGUUUUCAGAAAGAUUGAGUUACUAGGAAGAAAACCAAGUUUGUUUGUUAAAUUUAUUUCAUGUUUUAUAAUUAAAUUAGAUCCCAGAAACUAUCAAUGAAACUUCACAAAAGAAAAUAGAUUUUAGAUUUAUUACUUCAUAGUUUUUGACAUCAAGCAUGUUAUUAUUUUUCCAUUUCUAUUUAAAAACAGAAAAGGUUGGAGGGGUCAGGAUGUUUGUCUGUAAUCUCACAGUUUAUAUCUUCUUCAUCUUAUAUUUGUUAUUGUAAUAUUAAUCAAUAGAUUUUACAAUCAUC